AUGGACCUCUUCCCUCCCUCCUACCUGGCAGAUAUUUUGCCUGCAGCAAUUCAGGAUCAUGAAUCGCAGAGUCAUGAGCGAGAUUUCGAGCUGGCUUCAACACCCAUCGCAAUUAACGCAGAGGCACUUACGAACCCUGUUAAUGCACGACUAGAUUUCAAUGCACUUAAAGAUCUCGACAUAGAAAUCAGCUUCCACACACAGCCCGAAAUGAUAGGAAAAAUAGAGGUUAUUAGGAAAACCAAGCAGGCUCCGGCGAAAAAGACCUGGGAGCAACUCCAUGCCCUCGUUUUCGAUGUCGCUAAUGCAUCUCUACGUAUUACCGAUCGUUCCGCAGUAGAAAAUAAUUACACACGCAUUUCCCUCCCUCGCGCGCGUCCCUACAUGAAAGAUUAUAUCUACUACCGUAUGACGCGUGCCAAAAGUGAUCCGCUCAAUUUCCAAUACAUGGCAUAUGCAUUGAUAGACCGUCUUGGUGUUAGAAAGGAGAGAUUGAGAGGAGAGAUUAGGGAGGCGUGGGUGUUGAAUGAUCCCAAAGGAAGACGAUUCGAGACGGUUAGUAAAUGGAAAUAUUGGGCUACAACAACACAGGUGGAGAUGCGUGUUCGUAAGGGACAGACUCAGUUUCCUGGAUAUAAACGUUUGUUUCAUUGA